AUGAGUCGACUUUCGUCCAUUCCCUAUGACGUCAAAGAGUUCCUAGACGGGUAUCCGAACAACCAGACAGUCAAUGCCAGAUCUGGGAAGCAAAACUUGAGUUUCUAUUCUAAUGAGCUCAAAUGCCGCCCGGACGGGCUAUUAAUUGAGGACUUGCUUGAUAAAUGGCAAGGAAAGCAUAACCUACUCGAAGCAAAACACGGAUUCAUUCAAUGGCUUUUCCCGAUUCCCGAACAAGGAGUAAAUAUGUUUGCGAAUCCACUUACAGAACACGAAAUCGAAGAAAUCACUUCUUCUUCAACGAUCUUGUUGCGAGUUAGAAGAUCGUAUGAGCUCAUGCUUGAAUUUUAUGGCAUGAGACUAAUGGAUACCGAGUCCGGGUUGGUUGGGAGGAAAGAGGACGGGUGGGAGGAGAGGUAUAGGAAUUUGACUCAUUCACCGCACAACAACCUCCGAAUCACACGUAUCCUCAAGUGUCUGUCGAUUCUCUCGUACCCGCAUUACACAGCACCUUUUGUUUUACACGUUUUAAACGAACAAUCCGAGCACGGCCUUUUGAACGCGCCGAUGCUCCAAAGCAGCCUCGACAAGUGGUGGGCAAACUGUAACAGAAACCAGCAAGAGCGACAGACCAUCCAAGAGAUUAUAUCUCAAGUGCGGAGCAAGUCUAACAAAUGGGUGUUUACCAGAGCAAUGUACGAGCAAAUGAUCAGCUCACGGGAGGUUGAGAGCACACUCACACUGCCGGAAUAA